AUGAGGUUAAGUAGGCGCUUCAUCAAGGUGCUGGAGAGACUCUUGGGCCCUGACCACGACGUGUACAUCAAUUUCUUGGACGUGGCCGAGGUCGCCGACGCCUUCGCUGCCAAGCACGACGAGGCGUACGUCAAUUACGUGACCUUUUGCACGCAGCUCCAAGCGACACUGGAUGACGAUCGAGAUGAGGACGAUGGAAAGAAGGCCGACUCGAGCAGCGCGUCCGAGCGCAAUGCGACGACGUCCGAAGCGAGCUCGGCGCCGCGCCGCCACCGGCGCAAGCGCAAGUCCAAGCCCGACAUCACCAAGCGUGCGAUUCGCGUCGACCCGCGCCUUGAGAAGCACCGCGUGCUCAAGAGCAGCAUCCGCCACAAGGUGCUUCAUGGCGCCAAGCACAUGGCGACGUCCAAAGAUGGAUUCGAUGGCCUUCGCGACGUGCUCUGCCAAGCCGACACGAACGGCACCGGCUUUCUUUCGGAAGCCAUUUUUGUCGAGACGCUGCUGGAGCACAUGCAGGCGCCAUUGACCGCCAAGGAAAUGGGCUACCUCACGACCAACCUCCGCCACCGCAAGCGGCCCGACGCCAUCGACUACGAGCAGAUUGGGCUCUUUCUGUGCGUCGACAGUGAAGAGGAAGCGUCGACGUCCGGUGACGACAACGGCCGGCGUCGGCGGCAAAGCCUCGACGCGCCGCACUUGGGCUCGGACAUCUUGUCGCUGGAGCGAGACCUCCGCGCACGUUUACUGCAGCGUCUGCCGCUCACCGCCGAGAACGCGCUGGCAAAUUGCAGCCAUACGCGGCGGUCGAUCUUUACAGGCGCCGAAAAGUUUGUCGAGGCGUGUGAAGUCUUUGACCCGCUCUGCACAAAUGCGCUCACGGAAGAGGGGUAUGCCAAGGCGCUCGACUACAUCCACUUUACGGUCUCGACCUCGCAGCUCCAAGCGAUUUUAACCAAGUUUCCCCGCGAACCGAGCUCGGGCGGCGUCAGCUACGUUGUGUUUCUAGAGCGCUACGGACAGCGGUACGCGACGGUCAAGCAGCAAACACACAUGAAGACGCUCGUGACGCGCUUGGCCACGGACCCGAGCCGCGACCUUGGGCCGACGCUGUUGCAUUUCAAGAAGCAGCUCGCCAAGUUCGACAAGCGCGUCACGGGCGUGUGCGCUGGCGUCGUCACCAAGACAGACUUUGCCUCGGCGCUCACCACCCACGAGACGUACCAGUGGCCCUCCAAGGAGGUGCAGAUGCUCGCCCCGCUCUUUGCCGACGGUCCUCACAUCCAGUACCCGCAUUUUCUCACGAUGGUGGAGGACUGCACAGCGAUGAUGCCGGGCGUGCCGUGCGACUGCCGCCAGAGCGCGCCAUCGGCCACGAGCGCACUGGAGACCCGCCUUCGGCGCUUCCUUGUUGACAAGUCGCGCGGCACGUCGGGCUACGACACGGCGCUGCACGCGUUCGAGUCGGCCGACGCACUGCGGAAUCCAAAGACGGCUCCGACCGGGCUCCUCCACGAACAAGAUUUUUGCACGGUGCUGCGAACGAUCGGCACGGGCUUGUCACCUGCGGACCGCGCCCAUAUCUUGCAGCUGCUAUCGACGAUCCACGCGCUCACGCCAAACGGUGUGCUCUACCGCACCUUUUUAACGCACCUCAAGACCGAGACGUCUUUCUCAUCCGACGACGCGAGCAGCCGCAACGUGCCGUCGCAUUUACGCAACAUCUGCGUCGCGACGUACCUCAAAGAGUACGCGACGGCCGGCGAACGCAGCAACUUUGAAAAAGUCCUCGCGGCGCUCUCGUCGCUGCCUUCGCCCCGCAAAGGCGACGUCACCACGGACCAAAACAACCUUGUUUUUGCCCUCGGACCCCUUCUCAAGGUCAAGGUGCAAUUCUUUACCUAG